AUGUGGAUAUCGACGUUUUAUUUCGGUUCAAUUAUCAUUGCUGGUGCUGUGUGCUUUAAGAUUGGUUUUAUCGAUAACACAGGAUUCAAACCUCUAGACAAUGAUAUAACGACGAUGAAUAUGAAUGGAUCUUGCAACGAAUGCGGAUGUUAUGCCAAAGAGAUGAACUAUUCGGGAUUCAAUUGUUUUCUGUAUGCUAAUGCAUGUUUAUUGUUCGAAGCAUUCACAAUGAAUUAUAGUUUAAAUACAAUGACGGGUACAAGGUUUUAUUUUUUCGAAUUGCCGACAGUGUAUCAAUUGAUUUCGAAAAAAGACGUUAUAGAAGGAAUUUGGAAUGCUACUGCAGGUGGCGAUAGUCUCAAUGUUACCAAAGGACAAAGUAAUGGACAGUAUCCAACGUCGUCAGAAGGUCCAGCAAGUGUUGGUGAUUACGAUCUUUCAACCAAAUACAACAAUUACGGAAAUAGCAAUUAUACUAAAAGUUUGUCAAAUGUCGGUGCUGGCACGGGUUUCUAUGUAACACUCACUGUUGGUGCGUGUGUUGUUACUGGUAUUCAAUUUGCAACAGCAAACGAUGCACCGGGGCGUGAUCCAAUCACAAUGACAUUGGAAGGCAGUAAUAUAACUGACACUUCACUACUUUCGACAGGUUCAAGUUGGACAUUAAUUUAUAGUGGAUCAACAGGAAUCUCAAACAUCACUAUUCCACCUAGAUCAACUUAUGUCGACGUUCAAAAUUUUACCAACGUGCAUCGUUUCAAGAGUUAUCGAUUCAUUAUGACGACACAACGAGGUGUGGCUACUAAUUUACAGUAUAGUGAAGCUCAUCUUCUUGGUUACGUGUAG